UAUUGCCAUGUCAAAUAUACUUCCAUAAAACUGUUUAAAAAUAUAACACAUCAGAGUAUCAUGAUUCAUGUUACAAUCUCAAUCCUUCAGAAUCAGUCUCGCAUCAACUUUUUUUAAAAUAAAAAUCAAUUCAGUCAAAGCAAAUUUUUAAAAUGGAUGAAUAACUUUCUGGAAAAGGCAAAACUCUAGAGACAUUGGAAAGAUAGGUGAUUGCCAGGUGUUGUCUGGGGGGUGAGGGGUAAAUAGGUGGAGCAUAGGGCAGUUUCAGGGCAAUGAAACUAUUCUGUAUGAUACUGUGAUGCAUUUGUCAAAACUCAUAGGACUGUACAACGCAAACUGUGAACCCUAAUGUAAACUAUAGACUUUAUAGUAACAACGUAUCAAUAUUAGCUCAUCACUUGUAGCUAACAUACCACAGGAAUGCAAGAUUUAGUAAUAGCAAAAACAGUGUGGAGAUGGGAAGGAGGUAUAAGAAAACUCUACUUUCUGCAAACCUAAAACUGCUCUAGAAAAUAUUAAUUUUAAAAAUGCACAGAUUAAAAACCUCUAUUUCUGGUUUCCUCUUUUUUUGAAGCACCACAGCACAAGGGUAGCUGCCUGGGUUGUAGCUCUACUUCAGGUAUCAAAGGACGCCGCUCUCAAGAACAGUGUUUUUUAACCUGGCACACUCCAGUGUGACCUCACUUUAUAUGCUCUGCUGAGUGUGCAAGUCACUACCCACCCCGAGAAAGUAAACAUGUGCAAUUUUCUUUGCGUGUGAACGGCAAAUGAUGCAAUAAGCCAGUCGAGCCUGAGACUCGGUGUCUCCCAGGGUAAUCCAACUAUAGGGACCGUAGUGAAAACAGCCGGCUGCUACUGGCAAAGGUUUUGGAAUUCCAAAAAAAGGGUAGACACUGGCCGCAACCCAGUACCCUACUUCCGCCCGGGUCACACGCUCACGCCGGCAGCAUUAGUGCCCCCGCUUUCCUGUCCGGCGCGGCCCCUAGCCGAUGGUCUAUUAGUCCGACUCCGCGCGGUGCUCUCGCGCGUCGCAGCACACCUCCUUCCGCCUGCCUGCCGAACAGCUGUCUAGCAAGAGUGCACUAAGCCAUACAGCUUCUCACGGGCGCGCCUGCGCAAGUCCGGGGGAAAGCGGCCUCAGUCCCUCUCGUACAAGAUAAAGGAGUGCGGGGAAACUGCCUGGUGUCGGUCUUCCGCUUGCUGACCAAGACCUGCCUUUAAGUUCUAAAGGGCCAGCCCCCACACUAAUAAACGAUUGAAAGCUGGUCUUAGGCCUGGAAAAGGUGUUCGUCACGUCCGCGCCCUUGUUCCGUAAGUGAGGCAGCCGAGGCGCGGGGACUGGAGAGAGCCCUGGCGUUUGGCCCUGCACUUCCCACAACGUUGCUGUUGGGGUAGUUUCCAGCGCUACCAAGCGCCCCAGCCCCGGCGCCGUUCAGUGCUAGGCUGUGAACCUGUGGCCGAACUCCCCGUCCAGCCUGCCGACCAUGCCCGCCGGUGUGCCCUGGCCCACCUACCUGAAAAUGUUCGCGGCCAGCCUCCUGGCCAUGUGCGCCGGGGCCGAAGCGGUGCACAGGUACUACCGGCCCGACCUGGCAAUACCUGAAAUUCCACCAAAGCCUGGAGAACUCCAAACGGAGCUUUUGGGACUGAAAGAGAAACAACACGAACCUCAAAUUUCUGAGUAGUAGAAGCCUAAAAUACAACUAUACCAAGGAUUCUGUGAAUAAUAUUGUAAAUCUCAAACAUACAUUUUUUAAUUUAUUGAAAGUCAGACUACUUGCCUUAUGAACCUAAUACAAUGUUAACUGCAAGAGGAGGUGCUCAGUAGAUAAGAACUUAUCCAUUGAGAAUUAACUGUGGCUUGGCCAGUAUAUCUUGAAAACUGCCAAAGCUUGUAUCAUCAGCUUCUUGAAUGUGGUGUGGGAGAUAUAUAGUUUUCAGUAUUAUGUGAGAUAUAGUAUUUGCAAUGUCUUCUGCGUUAUCAUUCUGGUUUAUUUUUCUGAAUAAGCUUUGAUUAUAAUGGUGAAUGGGAAUCAUAAAUGAACUAUAAUAAAAGUGACAUUGAUAAUGAAUGUUUAUGGUGUGAAAUUAGUAUCUCUCUAAAUAGUAGAAAGUACUGUAUCUACUAAACUGUAGUAAGU